AUGAAGCUCUCUUCCAUUAUUCUUACAGUUUUUGCACUGGCCACAACUGGUCUCACAGCAAAGACAUGCACUCCUAGCUUUGAUUACUGCUCUGAUGUCCUGAUCAAAGACAAAGGGUUCACCGAGGCCGAUCUGAAGGAUGCUUUGAAGGGAUCGGAUCUAGAGAACGAGGAUCUUAAGAAUGUGCUGUUCCAUUGCAAGAACCCCGGAGAUGUUGGACACCCCAAACUAUGCACGAGCGGAUGCCAAAACCCAGCGACAGAGGGUAGUCACUCGUGCUCAGUUUAA